UCACAGCUACUUGGUUCACUGAGUUCCUGCACCAGUUUUUGUUUUCGUGUCUGCAGUUCGUCCAUGUCAUGUCGAAGCAGACAGCCCGGAGCUAUUAUUCUUACUAGUCUUCGCGAAGGGCUAGGAAACGCCUGUGGUUUUUUUUUCAGUCGUCAGCAAAAAGGAACCUUCAAAACAAAACAUUCCUUCCUCUCCGACCACAGCUCGUUAAUCAUAAAACUCGACCCGAUGACUGUCGGACUAUUGUGUGGUAGACGCCCCCGCUGCCCUCGGUAGUCUCUCCGCACCGAUUAUGAGGACUGGCUUCCCGGUACAGAUCAAUUGAAUGUAUUACACCCAUGUGACCAAUUCACCUACUGACUUUGGAAUGGGGGAGGAAACCAAAGCUCUCGGGAGCAAUGCACACUGGACGAAUGUACAGUCUCCUUACAGACAGUGGUGGAGUCAAAUCUGUGUUACUGAUUGAUGAUGGAAAACGUGACAUGCACAUACUAGCAAAGGUGAAAAUGUUCAUCAAGAAACAAAAUGAAUGCUUGCUUAAGGUUCGGAGCCUCCUGCACAGGAAGACUGGAAGAUCAAUACUAGAUGUACUCAUCAGGAUUCUUAUAAUUCUCUGCACAGCAACAGUAGUGGUUCUAUCCUCCAUUUCUGUGUGCUACGGUCACUGGCUAUUUGCAGACGGGAAGAUAUUUGGACUCUGGCAUUUUUGCACUUUAGAAUUUGACCAGAAGGCUCAGUGUACAGCUGAUAUCAGUGUUGCUAAGGUAGACGGUUUAUACACUGGCCUAGUUUUCAUACGGAUUACUGUCACUCUUGCCGUGGUGGUGGCAAUGUUUGGUUUGGAGAUGCUACUCACUUCUCAGCUUUGCCAAGAUGACUACACCAGACGCAAGUGGACCUUUGGCUCGGGACUGACUCUACUAUCGUUUUGCAUGAUGUCUGUUGGCAUGUUGACCUUUGCCGUUCUGUUAUUGAACUAUAUUACAUUCACUGGUUUAAGUUUAGCAUUCUGGUGUGAAUUCAUUGCCACUUGCCUUUCGCUCCUCAGCAGUAUUAGUGGUCUUCAAAUUUACACGAUCCCCUCAGCUAAAGAUAAUUCAGUAGAUGUGUAAUUGUUCUAAUUUCCCUACUUCUGUAAAAAUAAGCUUCCUUGUCUGUAUAUUUGAAAUGUGAAUAAAAGUGCAAGCUGUUAUAGUAUCUCUUGUGAUAUUGUUAACCUAUCAUUUUGCUUUAUUUAAAAACCUACUCCAGUUUGUAUUGUAAUCUGGGCUUUUGUGUUUCUCCCUUUCUACAAGAAGUCAAUAAAUUUGAUACAGAUAUUCUUCAUCUUCUCGAGAGCAUCACCACUACUGGGACAUAGGCCACUGGAGUCCUCUGUUCUGGGUCAAUUUUUCAAGCUUAUGCAAGUGUAGCCCUUCAUGGUGAAUCCUUCCUCUCCCAUCAACAAGGUCUGCGGAGCUACUGUUCACAUUUCCGUCGCUGUGGGUUGUUACAGGACAGAGUUGCUAGCCCCAUGCCCAGCCCUCCUCCCUUGUCAGCUGGGCUUGGGACCAUCCAUGGCAGAGAUGAUUCCGAUAUUCAGACCCAAAAAAUUUUCCAGGUGAGAUGUGGGGAAGUGUGUGGAUUUGUCAAAAACUUUCCUGAAACAUUGCAAUUUUUGUUCUUUUAGAAGAACCCAUUGGGUUGACAGUACUGCAGUAGAGCCAGGCAAGUGAGGAGAAAACAUGAAGUUGGCAUUGAAGUAAUACUUGAAAAUUCCAGGCAUUUCCUUACCUAAAGAAAGUAUCCUGGAUAUUUUUUGAGAUUUUUGUCUUCAAAACAAUACAACUACAUAGUGCAUUUCAAGACAAGUGUCCUUAAUGAAUUAAUAAUAGCACCAUGGUUUACUACAUUGUGCUUUUUUACCUUCAUGGGAUUUGGAUGUGAAACGAAGACAGACUUUCUGGAUGAAAGAUUCCUGUUCUUUGACUGCAGGAGCUCUUGAGUAAAAUUAAUGUGGAAAGCCUUAAACCAAACCUUUUGGGGGUUGGUUUACAACAUAAAAUGUUCCCAAGUUGACACUAAACUAACUGAAUCACUGGGAAAUUCUGGAAAUGACUGAUGGCUGGGGGAAUUAGGAAAAUGGAUACUGAUGCAGUACAGGUGCUGCUCUGAAGUUGUGUUGAGGCACGUCGUUGGGGUAGAACAGAUUUUUUUUGCAGUAAGUUUCACUAAACAAUACCUGUCAUCUAGAAGUUUUAAUUCUGACACUGAACAGAGACACUUUAUCAUCCUGUGCUGUCAAUGCAGUAUUUACUAAGGAGGCACUGAAAAUUACCCCAUAUGAUAACAAUAUUGCAGUCAACAGCUUGAGCCUUGCUAUUCUGAUGUGCUACGUAAUGUCCUGCCAGCUCACUGCACUGCUAAAGUGCUAUAAUAAGUGAAGUGAUGUGGCGUUAAAUAACUACUAAAGACAUGGGAGCAGAAUUAAGCCAUUUGGCCCAUUGAGUUUUCUCCAACGUUUCAUCGUGGCUGAUCCAUUUCCCUCUCAACCCCAAUCUCCUGCCUUCUUCCCACAACCUUUCAUGCCCUGGCUAAUCAAGAAUGUAUCAACCUCCAUCUUAAAUGCACCCAGUGACCUGGCCUCCACAGAUUCCACACCUUCUGACUAAGGAUGCUCCUCCUCAUCUCCAUUCCACAUGGACAUCCCUCUAUUUUAAGGCGAUGUUCUCUGGGCCUAGACUCUCCCACCAAAGGAAACAUCCUUUAAGAAAGAAUAACAUGAAACUCUUUCAUGACUAAAUCUGAAACAUUGGGUUUAAUAUGAGUAGUUAAAUAGUGUAGUUUGAAACCUAUGCAAGAACAAAUUUAAUAAGAUCUCUGACAACUAUAGACAACUUGUCAUUAUACAGUAAAGGUAUUUUGUGUUAUUCACAUUCUCAUAGAUGCUCUUGAUUUGAUCACAAACAUUUCACAAUUAAUGAUACAUCAUAUAAAGGAACCUUUAAGCAUGAAAUAAUUAUAAUGAAAAAGGACACAAAUUACAGCUUAGCUUAUGCAGUAACGAAAGGCUACAACAAAUCAGCCCAAUAUCAUCAAAUUCAGUUUUACACAAUGAUUAUUAAAUGCAAUAGAUCACAUUUAAAUCUUUUACAAUAAUGCUGCACUCAACAAAUAAAUACUUCUGAUUCAAAUACAUUCACAGAAUAUAUUGAGAUUUUUUAAAAAUGGGGAAUUAAGCAAGUAUAAUAUCAUCACAAACCAAAUAUUUAAAUGUUAUGCAUUUUAUAAACUUCUUGUUUGAAUGGCCUGAAUGUUAUUACUUUAGCAAAAGGGAGAAGUGGCUUUUAAUAAUACCUGUAUGUCAUACAAACUUGUUUUAUUAAAUAUACUGAAUAAGAGCAAACCAGUUUUUUAAAAAAAACCUUCUUUCUAUCAUUAAUUAAAAACAAAGAAAUUGUAAUACAAGUUGUUAUUUGCACAUCCCCAUCUAGCUAGGAUGAAUUAUAAUCCACACUGAAUUAAAAUGCUUUUAUUAAUAUUACUUCUUUGUAUUUGUACCAUUUUUAAAUGAUUUGUAAAUCUGCAUUGUUGUGAAACCACUUUUUUGUGCCUUCUCCGAAUUGUAUGUUCAUUGUAAAAUAAAUUUCUGUGAAAUCAGCUUUAGAAUGAUGCUGUUAAAAGUAGGCAUGUAGUUUGCUGCCUUUUCAAAUUUGGUUCAGAUUUAAAAAGAUAAAACCUUAACAACAGAACAUUGAUUUCAAUGGCUAUUCAAUAUUGUUCAUCCUGCACUUUAUGCAAGCAUUUGUCAGCAAUGAAAGAGGCUCUCCAUAAUGUUCAAUUCUGUUUAUUGAAGUUCAUAUUAAAAUGCCUUUUGUAUAUCACAUCGGGAUGGUUGUGCAACAACUUCUCAGACUAAUAGAUUUUAGACUAUAGAUAUAAUCUUAAGAGUUUAUUUCAAACUAUAACCUGUUAGCAGAUACUUUAUUGAAUAAUUUGCUGAAACAGGGUAUUUAGACAUUACGUUAUGUCAGGGUAGCCUCUAACCUGACGGCAUGAACAUCAAUUUCCCCAGCUUCCUGCAAUUUUCCCGCUUUCCCCCUAUCCUUUUCUUUAAUUCCUCUUUGGGCCCCUUAUUACCACUUCUCUUCUCCUUACCUUCCUAUCACCUCCCCCAGUGACCUUUCUCCCAUGGUCCACUCUCCUCUCCUAACAGAUUCCUUUUCCAGCCCUCUACCUUUGCCACCUAUCACCUCCUAGAUCCUUGCUUCAUUCUCCCCACCCCCUCACCAACCGGGCUUCACCUAGCACUUUCUAAGCUUCUACUCUUUCCCCAGCUGCACCCCCCCGCCAUUUUCUUGUUCAGGCUUUUUGCCCCUUCCUUUCCAAUCCAGAUGAAGGGUCUUAGCCCCAAACGUCAACUGAUUAUUCAUUUCCACAGAUGCUGCCUACUGAGCUUCUCCAGUAUUUUAUGUGUAUUGCUCUGGAUUUCCAGCAUCUCUGGAAUCACUUGUAUUUAGACAUUUGCAUUAUGUAGACAAACUGCUGUGCAUUUUGGUUGCAAAUAUUUUUUUCAGCAGCAAGGGAAAUGGGGGUAUCUGAGACCUAAAUGGUCAGGAGAAUAACUCUAAAAAUACCAAAUAGACAAAAUGUGAAAUAUAGUGUGCAAGGACUGAAAGAAAUUAAAAUGUGUGAAUUCAGUAUAAAACUAAGAGAUAUGUAUGGGGUUGGGGGAAAACAGUAGAUUUUGAAUCUGAAGAACAAAGGAAUGAAAUCAUUAAAAUAAUGAAUAUUCUCAAAAUUUCCCUCAAUAACCCAUAACCAAAGAAAUGAAACUGCAGCUUAUGUAAUAGUUUUCAGCCCUUGUGAGAUUGUUUAAUAGUAAUUAAUAUGUAUUCUGUUUUUAACAAGAUACGACAGAUACAGAGUUCAAAGAGGUUCACAAGAAUGAUUCAUAGAACUAAAAGGUUACUAUAUGACGAGAGUUUGUGUUGGACCUGUAGUCACUGGAAUUUAGAAGAAUGUCGGGGGGGAGGUGGUGAGAUCUCAUUGAAACCUAUCAAAUGUUGAAAGGCAUCGUAGAGUGGAGGUGAGGAAGAUGAGAGAAUGUUUCCAUUGCUGGGGGAGUCUAGGACCAGAGGGCACAGAAUCCAAAUAGAGCGACGUCCAUUUAGAACAGAUGAGGAGGAAUUUCCUUAGCCAAAGGGUAGUGAAUCUGUGGAAUUAAUUGCCACAGGCGCCCAUAGAGGCCAAGUCACUGGGCGCAUUUAAGGUGGAAGUUGAUAGGUUCUUGAUUAGUCAGGGUGUGAAAGGUUAUGGGGAUAAGGCAGGAGAAUGGAUCCGAGAGGGGAAAAGAUCAGCCAUGAUGAAAUGGCAGAGCAGAAUUAAUGGGCUGAUUGGCCUAAUUCUGCUCCUAUAUCUUAUGGUCUUAUACUAAAUUAAAAAAAGGCAUCCGUUAGUCUUGUGAGACCAUGGAUCUGCGCCUGGAAAGUCUUCACUCUCCAGGGCGCAGGCCUGGGCAAGGUUGUUUGGAAGACCAGCAGUUGCCCAUGCUGCAAGUCUCCCCUCUCCACGAAGGGCAUUAGGACCCAUACAGCUUGGCACCAGUGUCAUCACAGAGCAAUGUGUGAUUAAGUGCCUUGCUCAAAGACACAACACAUUGCCUCGAACUCACGACCUUCAGGUCGCCAGUCCAAUGCCUUAACCACUUGGCUACGUGCUCAUACUAAAUGUGAAAUGGAUUAAGCUUUGUGCAACGUGUUUAGUUCAUUUGCCACAGAAGUAUACCAACAUCACUGGUGAGAACGAUGAAAAGAUCCCAAUUUUUCAAAGGUAAAGUGGAGUGUCAUAUUCAGAAACAACUAACUUGAACUUGCUGAAUAGAAAGUGUUAUGAGCUUUCCUGCUAAUACUGAGAUCUGUUCAUUUAAAUUUGAAGCAGCAUUAGUUGCUUAGCCCAAAUAGAAUUCCUUUUGAUUUUUGUAUUUUUUUCGAGCAUUUAAUAAUCACAAUUGUAGGUGAAAAAUAAAUUGACUGUUUAUAAGUUUAAUUUUAAGGUAAUAAACUAGGGUCUUAUGGGCAUUAAUGGCAACAAAGGACAAGUCACUAAAGUGAAUAAGCCUUGUUGUGAAGGCCACACAGCACUUUGGGGAUACUUGCUGGGGAUACAAAUCUACAUCUCUUAUUGCUAUACUGUUUGACAAUCUGUACCAGCUUUCUUCACAAAGACCAAUAACAAAAAAAACUAUUUUUGAUGGUCUACGUUUCAAAGGGGUGACAGGGUGGAGAUGUGUCUCUAUCAAAUGAGUUAUAAAGUGCUCCUUCCCUCCGCUAGCCUGCAGGUCAACCCUGGGCAAGGUGUGGCACCUGCUUAGCCCCCGAUCAGGGUCAUGUGAAGCCAUGGCAGCAGGUGGUGGAUGGUCAUACAAGCAGCUGGUAUAUAUCACAAGACCUAGUUAUGUGGCCACUGACAUCAGGCUGACAAUCUCUGAAGAGCAUUGAUAAUGUUUGGGGUCGCCUGUCGGGUAAAGACACUGCCCAGAAGAAGGCGAUGGCAAAUAACUUCUGUUGAAAAAAUUUGGUAAGAACAAUCAUGGCCAUGUGAAGACCAUGAUCACCCAUGUCAUACGACACAGCACAUAAUGACGGAACAUUUCAAAAUCAAAUCCUGAAGUUUUAAAACUGUAAUGUAAUUCUGUUAAUCAUUCAAAAUACCCUUUUCUAGUUUGGUAAUUGUUACUUGAAUAUUUGUGUAGGAUAGUUUUAAAUUUAGUCAUAUUAAUAUUAAUUUUUUCUCUAUUUUCUCCCUUCAUUUGCUGGUUCUUUGUGAAAAUAUGAUGACAGUUAAUACAGCUCCUUCCAGUAGCUUUAUUCAUGGCAGAAUUGUAACAAUGAGCACUGGAAUGAUAAUUGUUAGUGGUGAAAUCAUAACUAAAUCCUAUCAUGUUCUCAACAUUUCCUCCUGCAAGCUCACAGUGGAGCUGCUGCUCUAUAAUUUUUACUGUAACACUGGCUGAUAUUUUUCUCUCGCCAUUUCCACUCAAUGUGUUGAAGCCACUUUGCUGAUAUAAACUAACUUUCCAUGAGUAAUUGAGCUAAUAGGGAAGCUUCCAAAUUGUGUUUUUUUUUGUGCAGAAUUAAUCUUUCAGUUAGCAAUGAAAUCCACGAAGAACAAUGAAAUCAUUUUAUAUUAUUUUGCUGAAACAUUUUGCUCAAUGCAGAUGAGGAAUUUCUUCAGCCAGCGAAUGGUGAAUUUCUUCUCAGACUGGAGGCCUGUGACUAGUGGUGUGCCUCAAGGACCUGUGCUAGGACCAUUGUUGUUUGUUGUCUAUAUCAAUGAUCUAGAUAAUAAUGUGGUAAAUUAGAUCAGCAAGUUUGCUGAUUACACUAAGAUUGGAGGCGUUGUGGAUAGCGAGGAAGGCUUUCAAAGCUUGCAGAGUGAUCUGGACCAACUGGAAAAAUGGGCCAGAAAGUGGCAGAUGGAAUUUAAUGCAGACAAGUGUGAGGUGUUGCAUUUUGGAAGGACAAAUCAAGGUAGGACAUACACAGUAAAUGGUAGGGCACUGAGGAGUGCGGAGGAACAAAGGGAUAAGACCAUAAGACAAAGGAGCAGAAGUCGGCCAUUCAGCCCAUCGAGUCUGCUCCGCCAUUUUAUCAUGAGCUGAUCCAUUCUCCUAUUUAGUCCCACUCCCC